CAUGACUGCUGAAUUGGGGCUUGCUGUUUGGGUUGCUCUCCAGGCAGGUUGUUGCAAAAAUAACAUGUUGUUUAUUGGAGAGAUGGCCACAAAGAUGGUUCUUGAGUUAAAUCCGGAUGACUUGGGAAUUUAUUCUUUAGUCUCAAACUACUAUGCAAAGGCGAGGAAGUGGGAUGAUGUAGCUAGUGUUAGAAAAAUCAUGAAAAAGACAGGGAUGAAGAAAGUGCCAGGGUUUAGUGUAGUAGAAGUGAAAGGGAAACUUCAUGCUUUUCUUAUGGAAUAUAAGAGCCAUUAUCAAUAUGAAAUUAUGAUGCAACUUUUGGAUAAGUUGGAUCAUGAAAUGAGAGCUAUUGGAUAUGUCCCAAAGAUUGACUUUGUGUUGCAUUCCCUUGAUGAGGAAGUCAAAAAAAAAAGUUAUUUUAUCACAGUGGAGGCUUGCUAUUGCUUAUGGCCUCCUAAACACAAGGCCAGGAACCAAAUUAUUGAUCAUAAAGAACCUUAGGGUGUGUGGGGAUCACCAUGAAGCAACCAAGUUCAUUACGAAAACUGUGAACAGAGAUAUUGUUGUGAGAGAAGUGAAGUGAUUUCAUCACUUCAAAAAUGGGAUCUGCUCAUGUGAUGACUACUGGUGAAGCUGAUGUGCAUAGAUUUCCUUUCCCUUUGCUGGAUUUGUCAAAGCUUACGUGUUGAAAUAUGAGGGUAAGAUCUGAAAUCUUUUCAGGAAAGUAAGUUCCAAAUAUUAUAAUGGCGGAAAUGGAAGAGAUAAGCAAGCUAACGUCUCAAUUGCAUACUACAAUCUUUAAGGAGUGUAUAGAUGCAGCUUGAUAACCAAUACAAUGCUUCCAGAUGGUCCCAUCCAACAUAUCCAUAUCCAGCUGGGUUGCUGGCAGAAUUUGGGUGUUGAUAUACAUCCACCACUUUAUCAAUUUCCCCAUUAUACUCUAUACUUCUGCAGCCAAGUUCAAAGAGCUUUUGUCAAAAAUUAUACACUUUCUUUAUUGCUCAUGGUAAUGCAGAUUGUUCGAAAGGAUUUAUCUAUGAUUGAAAUGCCAAGGAGAAGGA